CUAUAUCCAUCCCCUUUCUUUCCCCCGGUUAUUUUUGCGUCGUUCUCGAAUCUCUCCUCGCUCUACGCCUUCAGGCCUCAGCGUCGCUGUACCCUUCGCCUCACCGUGCCGCUACACCUCCAAUCCUCCUCAGACUGGGAUCCAUGUUCAGAUGCUACAACUUAGCUUCCACUUGGGAACUGGGCUUUCUAACUUUGUUUGGGAAUUUCGCUGCCAAGGGCGAGAUUGUUCUCUGCAAGAGAUCAGAUUUUGGGAUGGGAGAAUACAAAAUUGAGCUUCUUUUGGCCAUAAAUCCCAUAAUCACAUACUUUGUUCUUUGGGUCUCUAUGUACUCAAUGCUGCAAUGUUUCCUUUUCAUAUACCUAUUGAAGUUGGGAUGAGAAACAACUACACUUGCAUUUCGCAAUUGUCUUUAUUUCUUGGUUUUAGUUUGGAAUGCCAAAAAACCCAGAACUAAAAGUCUUUUCGUUCUUUGACAUGAGAUUACUCCAAUUUUGGUGGGGAUUCUUGGAGGUUGCCAUCACUGCAGUUGUUUUCAUGUUGAUAAGCAGCAUUUGCAGUUUGUUCUUACACGGUUGGAAAGGCAGUAUGAAUAUGAUUAUAUUGUUUAAAUAAAACAACUCCUCAAAAUUUCAUGUUUUUCUGUUGUAUUGAGUCAAUCAGUGUGUUAGUGGAGGUUGUAUGAUUGAUUUUCUAUGGAUUUGUUUUCUGUUAGAAGGAUUAAUAGAGCCUAUCAGUGAAAAGGAAAGACAAACUCAAGCCCUCAAUUUGGGAUUUAUCAGCUGCAAAACACUGUUAUGAGCAGUAAGGACAAGUUCCUGCUGCCACAGUAGUGUAAAUUAUAAAACAGUAGCAUGUGCUGCUCAAUGUCAUGAAAUAGGAAGGGCAUUGCUUCCCAUGGACCUCUGUGCAAAUAGGAAUGUGAAAAGCCUAGAAUCAAACAAGCAAGAUUACGAUCAAGAUUUUGAUACUAGAUUUUCAUGGGCAGGGAUGGUGAAGCCAGCGAGCUAGUGAUUGUUUCUUAUCAGGCUUUUGGUUUAAUUUGUUAGUGUAGAUUCACAUACAAUGCUGCAUGAAAAAGGUACGGCUGAAUAUAUAUUCUAUUAAGGUUCUAUGCUUUUAUUUCCUAAAUGAACGUUUUGGUUGUGUAAUUUUCACUUUAGUCAUGAAUACCUCGAGGCCAGGAUUUCUUAGUUACCAAUACAAUGUUAUCAAGUUUUUGCAUGAGUGCUCAUCUUUUUUUCUUUGGAUGAGUUGUAUCUUUCAUCUUUGUUAGGAUGAGAACAAUUCUGAAUUUUUUUUCUUAUUCAUGGGAUUGUGGUCCUAUUGUAUCUGCACUUUGAAAAUUCUAUUUGUCUGUUGUAUUGGAUGUCUCUGUUGGUUAAAGUUCUGGACACAACACCAGACAAUAAAAUUAAAAAGAAUAUAAUUUAAUCAACAACACAUGGUGCUUGAUAAUGCCUGAUUUACAGAAAACAAGGUCCUGAAUAGAGGGGAGAUAUGACUUGGUAUGUUUCAUUAAGAUAGUGCAUAAAAUGGGGUUAUAUAUUUACCUUAGGAGGACUGAACCUUAUGUUUGUGCAAAAUGAAAUUUUGGGCUCCAUUCUUACUCAUUUCUUUCUAUUUUUUCUUUAUUAAAAGACUUUCUCUUUCUUAGUAGGCUGAAUAGAAAGUACCCUUCACU